AUGGAUGACUUGAACACAAUAGUGGAGCCAAUAAAUACUCUUUAAAAAAUAACAUUUGGAGAGAAGUUUGCUGAAUAUUAGGUAUUAAGAUGUAAUCAUCCUGGGUUUUUGCCAUUGAUAAUAUAAAUAGAAGCAUUAAUUACAGGUGGAUGUUAAAUGUGGUUCAAAAUGUACUUGCAUUAGGAAAUCUUGGUAGGACAUUUAAGAGACUUUUUAAGAAAAAUGUUACAAAAUAGAUUUGCAAACAUUGCACAAUAUAAGGACAACAUUGCACUUGUAGUUAGUGAUUUCAUAAUUAUCAAAUGUAUGGAAUAUCUAUAACUUAUUAAAAGUCGAUGUACCUUUAAAUGAAAUAUAUUAAAAGAAGGCAGAGAAAGAUGGUUGGUUAUAUAUUACAAUUGCAUAUGAUUACUAAAAAUGAG